AUGGGAAAUGCGAUGGACAUUGAGCAGGGCGGAGGGGCGGGGCGACCAGUGCGGAGGGGCGCGGAUACCGAUGAGACGCGAAAUCUGGACAACAAGGGCAUCUACGAGAUGAACAGCACGAAAUUGAAGAAGCAGGAUGAUAUACUGGAGAUGAUCGGACACACUGCAGAUCGAUUAAACGAGAUAGGAAAGACGAUAGGGCGAGAAGUGGACGAACAGACGCCAUUGAUCGGGAAAUUGGCAGGCGGGGUGGACUCUGGCACGGAUCGAAUCAACAAGGCUACGCGACAAGUGAAGGCGCAGAGCGACGCUGGCGCCACCCCGUGGUGUCUGUGGUAUACCAUCAUGGUGCUCUUUUUGACGCUCCUAGUGGUAAUCUUCUUCGCCAUGCUGUUCUAG